AUGGCUAGUGAGGAGGAGAGUGUUCUUGUUCUAGUGCAUUGCUCUGGAAAAAUUAAAAAAAGCAAAAGAUAUGGUGUGAAGUUCACUGAUAGAGAACCGGUGAGUGUUUUCAUCAGUUCAACAAGCACGUUGUCAGAUCUAAAGAACAGCAUUUUACAGAAGCUUGGGAUUUCUGGUAGCAAGUUUGUGAAGAAGUUAUUCUACAAGAUUCCCAUCGCAGUUGUCUCGACCCGGGUUCAGUAUGACACCUUUGUGCUAGCGGCUGAUGAAGACAUUAGGGUUCUGUUCCAUUGUGUCAGAAGUUUUCCAGAGGUCAGAAUACACGAGUUAUUCGCAAAGUUGGAUGUUGGGGUGGAUAGUUCUGGGGCAUCAGCUCCAUUACAUAACUCAAGUGGCGUAGGAGGUGCGUCUUGUUCGAUGCCUGUGAUAGCACCGUCCGUUCCGCUAGUGGCAUCCCCAUCAUUCGCGGCUGAUUUAGAUCGAAUGGAGGCUAUUGGUUCUGCACCUUUGCAGGAUCCAAGGGUCCGUGGGCAGGCAUAUGAGGUGGACACCGGUGGAGGCUUGAUUCCUGAUGUGCAAGGAUUUGGGGAACCUGAUCGAGUAGAGAACGCAAUGUAUGAUGAUGAGUCUGACCAGGAGUCUGUAGAUAUCAUUGGGGACAGUGAUGAUGACACAGCUGGCAAUCCACCUACACAGCAUGGGGCUUCAAGUUCUGGCACUCAGCAGUACCCUCCACACUUCUCGACUCUAAACUUGGAGGCUCUGGGUGAACAGGCGGUGGAUGGUGGUCCCACAGUUGGUGGCUCUUCUACGGAAUUUCAGAUUGGGCAGUCAUUCCAAAAUAAAGAAGAGGCUGUGCUGAGUGUGAAGGACUACAACAUCCGUCGAGGUGUUGAGUACAGAGUCAUCGAAUCAGAUCAUCUGAAAUAUCAUGGAAAAUGCAAGGAGUUUGGCAAGGGUUGCACUUGGUUGAUUCGCGUAGCGCUCCGUGCACGCAAGGGCACUUGGGAGGUUCGGAGGUACAACGGCCCACACACUUGCUUGGCUACGUCUAUAUCGAGUGAUCACCGUCAGCUGGAUUACCACGUUAUUUGUGCGAGGAUUCUUCCGUUGAUUAGGACAGAUGCUGCAGUUACGGUAAAGGUAUUGCAACAAGCUACAGAAGCAGACUACGGUUUCAGGCCUAGUUACAUGAAGGUUUGGCUAGCCAAACAGAAGGCAGUGGCACAAAUAUAUGGAGAUUGGGAAGAAUCGUAUGCGGAGUUGCCACGUUGGAUGCUAGGGGUAUAG